AUGUCAUUACUUGCAAGAGUGUUACAUCUUUCUUCAGAAAAAGCUGCUUUGAAACGAGCAGCAAUCGCAGAACAGUCUUCUUCAAUCAGCAGCUCAUCUUCAUCUAACGAAAGUUUAACUCCUGCCACUUCAACCUCAUCAAUGAAAAACUUAAAUACGAGACAGGUUUCAUCUAGUCAGAAUACCAAGAAAUCAAAUUACACAUUGUCUAUUAAAAUUGAAUCUCCUCCAAUAAUUUUAUAUGGAAAUCCACAAGAAUCAACAGGAUCUAUAAUAUCGGGAAUAUUAAAGUUGGAAAAUUUUGAAACGGUUGAUUUAGAGAAUGUGACUUUGUCAUUGGUUCAAACAAUGAAAUAUACUAAACCAUUUAUAUUGCCGAACUCAAACUCUAUUUCAAAUUGUAACAACUGUACAGUUAGAACAAAUGAAUUAGCAAGAUGGGAUGUUUUAACUGCAAAGGCUAUGUUCCCACCAGGAGAGCAUGCAUAUCCAUUCUCGCAUUUAUUACCAGGAUCAUUACCUCCAUCUUCCAGAUUAGGAUCUAGUCACUCACUUUCCUUCAUUAAAUAUGAACUUAAAGCAGUCGGAAAAACGGUUGAUGGUGAAAUAAAAGAACUUGUGCUUCCUGUGAAUAUAGCCCGACUGGUAAUCAGGGGUCCAGAUAGAAAUUCUGUAAGAAUUUUCCCUCCAACUGAAGUAACUGCUAAAGCCGUCUUGCCUAAUGUCAUCUAUCCAAAGGCUACUUUUCCUAUUGAGUUGAAAAUUGAUAAUGUUGUCAGUUCAUCGCGCCAGAGACGUUGGAGAAUGAGGAAAUUAACUUGGAGAAUUGAAGAAAAUAUAAAAGUCAAAGCCCAUACCUGUGAAAAGCAUAAUGCAAAGUUACAAGCGGCGGAAAAGGCAUAUAAAAAGUCUAAUUCCAAUACUAAACCAAACUCAAAAAACUCGUCAGCAAUGCAUCAUAGUACUGUGACAACAAAUGUAUCUUUAAUUCCAAGUCCUUCAAAUCAACAAUCCUCACCUACUCCACAGCCAUUACAAGAUGGUAUUCCAGAUAACGAAGACAUAGAUGACGCAGGCGAUCAUGAUAUGGAAGAAGCUAUUAGAAGUGGACCUUCUCAUGCCCAAGACAAUUUCAUUGAGGAUUUUUUAACACCAUCAACAGCAGCAACAGCUACCACUACUCAUCAUCCAGCAUUAUCUAUUCAGCCUACCAUUUAUACUCCGCAUCCAGUUGAUAUGGAUAAACAUUUAUAUUUAGAAGAAACCAGAACUGUCAGCUAUGGGGAAAUAAAAUCGGGAUGGAAAUCAGAUUUCAGUGGUUCUGGUAAAAUCGAACUUGUUGCAAAUAUAAGCACAGUUGGAUGUUCAACAGGAAUGACAAAUCAUAUACUUAAUCUAAGCACAGAUGAUAAACCUAUUCAAAUGGAUACUAAAUUGGGUGCUAAUUUCUCUUGUGAUAUUGAUGAUCCAACAUUGGGUGUUUUUGUAAAUCAUACCAUGAUUGUUGAAGUAGUUGUUGCAGAAGAAUUGGUUCAUAAUGUUGAAAGAAAAAGAUCAAAUUCCGUGAUUAGUUUAUCACCAUCUAAAAGUGCAGGUCACAGUAAUGGUACCAGUGAUACUGAAGGUAAAUCAACUUCUACAUCAAAUGAACCCCUUCAAAUGGGAGUACCCACUGGUGCAGCUAGAGUAUUAAGAAUGCAAUUCAAAUUACCAAUCACUGAAAGAUCAGGUUUAGGAAUUGCAUGGGAUGAUGAAGUCCCUCCUACUUAUGAAGAUGUUAGUAAUUUGAGUCCUCCUACUUACAAUGAUCCAUUGUCAACUACAGUAAGUCCCGCACAAUCCGCAAGAUCAACACCCUCUCAAACUCCUAGAUUAAUUAUCGGAAGAGGAGAUACACCAUUGAUGGGAAAUUUUGAGCUAGAUGCACUGACACAAAGUAUUGAUAAUUUGAUAAAUAAUGGUAAAGACAAUAUUCAAGAGUUAUCCUUGUAG